GAGCGUUAAAGAAUUGAAUACAAAAGAAAUCAAAACAAAGGUUUGGUCCUUUUAUUUUCGCGCGCGAUUCUGGCAGCCAGUAGAUAUUAAACAGUAUAUGCUUUAUUUUACGGUGAAAUAAUUAAAUUUAAUUGCUUAAUUUCUUUUAUAAGAAGUAAGAAGAUUAUUAGUUUAUUAAAUUGAAGAUUUAAUAAAAGUUAACAUACUAAUUGAAGUAUGUUCUCGAAAGCUAAAAGAUUUGAACCAUCAGCAUUAAUUAAAACUCAAUCAAAACCCUUACCUAAACGAGAUAUAGAGAAACACCAGAGUAAAGCGCCUGCUGUGACGAAAAACAAAGUGCCUACCUCAACACCUUCUCAGGAAAACUUUGAUGUGAAAUCUCAAUGCAGUUCAGUAACAAGCACCAAAUCAUUUAAAACUCCAAGGCCUCUAAAACAAUCAAGUACUACAAGUAAAACAUUAACCAGUAGCCUCAAGAAGACAUUGCUACCACCUACCAAAAAUUUACCUAAAAAUAAUGAAACGAAAGACCAAGAAGAACUUAUCAAAGCAUAUCAAGUUGAAAUAAGGAACAAAGAUUGCACUAUAACUGAGUACAAUAAACAAAUAGAUGAGCUUAAAAAUGAAAUAGCUAAUUUACAAAAGAUAUUACAAGAAAACAAUAACAAAUGUGAGGAUGUUGAAAAAAUCAAUAAGAAGCUGGGUAUGAUAAUUAUUAGUGAUGAAAACCCAAACAAAAACAAUGAAAUAGUGACUGAAGCUUAUGUAACUACACUUAUUAAUGAUUUAAAGUCUGAGAUAUUUGAAUUACAAAAGCAAUGUGAAAAGUUAGAAAAUGAAGUCAGCUAUAAGCAAGUUGAACUUUCAUCUCUUGAGGAAGUUAUCACAAUUAGAGAUAGUUUGUGUACAGAUCUUCAGAAAAAGCUUACAGAUGUAGAAACUUGUUUGGAAGAAACUUAUCAAAGAUUAGAAAUGGUCAAGGGGCAUCAUGCUUUGGCUCUAGAAGCGAAUGAGAGUAUCCGACGCGAAUACAAAGCUGAGCUUGAAACUCUCAAAACAAAACUUGAUGAAGAAAAGCAAACAAUUGUUGCUAAAUCUAAAGCUGACCAAGAGAAUUUGAAAAUAAAGUACAGUUCUUUAAUAGAUUCAAUUAAAAAUCAACUUAAAAAAGAAAAAGAUGAUAAGAUACAGGAGUUGCUUCACGCCUUGGCUGCUAAAGAUAAAGAAAUGAAAGCUAAAUUAGAUCAAAUUGAUGAAGCAACACAGGAAAAGUUAAAACUUUGUGAAAUACAGUUUGAGGAACGUAGUAGACAUUUACAGGAGCACUGGACACAACAGCAAAGAGAAAUACAAGACUUAGAGGCUGAGAUAAGAGAUUUAAAAUAUUCAUUGAAUAUAAAUGAAGAAAAAAAUGUUGCAUUAAAUAAAGAAAUUAAAAAUAUGCAAAAUGAAAAUGAUAUUUUAAGAAAUGAAAAGAAAACUUUAAUGCAGGAUCUAGAAGUUAUGAGAGAUGAAUCCAAAAAGAAAGUUAUAGAUUCUGAAAAUGAAAUAAAUAAAUUGACAGUGGAGGUUGACAGAGCUAUUAAGGAAAAAAAUAAAUUUGAAAUGUCCUUAUCAGUGACCAGAGAUAUUGUACAAGUUUUAACUAUGCGUUUACGAGAAUCUGAUAAUGAAUUAGAGCACUUGGAAAGCCAAGUUCAAACUUUGACAAAUUCUAAAGAAGUUCUAGAGUCAGAGUUAGCGACAUUUAAAAAUACACUUAAUAACACUGUCUUGGAAUGUAAUGAAUAUAAGGAAGCUCUUGUAAAUAUACUGAAAUCUAAAGCUGCUUUGGCUAAAGAGCACAAUCGAAUUAUGGAACAUAAUGUGUCUCUGAUAGAAAGUUUACAAAAUGUUGAAAAGGAAGCUUAUCGUGAACUCGGCUCUAUUAAAAAUGAGUUGAUAGAAGAUGUAGAAAUUAUUAAAAAAGAAUCUAAAUCUCAAAUACAAAUGUUAAGGGAAGAGGUGGAAAAGAAACGCGUAUUGUGUCAGUUAGCGACAGAGCAUGCUGGACAAGCUACUGCUGCUGCAGAACAGUCUCGUGUACUACUUGCACAGGCAGCUGCGGAGAUAUCACGGCUUGAGAGCGAAAAUCAUUGCAUCCAACAGCAGAUUCAAGAUCAACAGUCUUUAGUGGUUGAAUUGUCACUACUGCGACAAGAAAAUGAGGAAUUGACAAUGACUGUUGCAAAACAAUCUUCUGUUAUGGAUAAACUUAGAAAAGAUGCAGAACAAGUACAAAUGAAACCUAAAUCCCCUUCUGUAAUACGUAAAAGUCAUAAAAUUGGAAAGGAGAACAUACAAGUUAUUUCUCCUCUUAGGGAACGUAAUCACUAAUUAUAAAAACAAGGAAUGCUGUGAAAACUUGGUCGUAUUAAUGUCAAAAUGUUGACACACAUUUUUACUGCCGAUUGCCAAAAUUUGUUUCUAAUUGUCGUUUAUUUAUUUAUGUUUUAAUUUAUUGGCAUGUUACUCUCCAAUUAGGAAAUUACGUAAUGUAUUUUUUAUUUAUUGUAAUCUUAAUAUUGUAUAAGUUUGAUUUGAAAUAUAGACUCAAGCGGA